UCACAUCUAAACAUCACUUAAUAUCUACAUUAUCAUUCUUUUAAUUUUAUUGAAAAUUAAUACUCUGCUAUCGAGAUUAUCUAGAGAAAUCAUAUACUCAAAAGAUAUUUAUAUACAUUUCUUUUUUAUAUGAAUAUUAUUUAUUAUGGAUGAUCGUAAAUGUGAUAUAGAAAAAAAAGAAAAUAAAACUGAUGCUGAAGAGAUUGAGGAAUUAACGCUUGAAGAUUUAGCACCAGAGGGAGGAUGGGGAUGGAUGAUUGCACUUGCAUUGAUUAUUGUUUUUGUAACGACAUUCAGUGCAGGUAUGUGCUUUGCUAUCAUUUUUGGAGAGUUUUUCGAAUCAACUGAGUCUGGCUCAUCAAUGACGAUAUUGAACUCUGUUUUUAUGAUAAGCUUUUCUCUCUCAGGUGUCAUGACAAAUGCUUUGCUUCAAAAAUUUUCAUUACGAAUGGUCAGCAUAGGAGCAGCAGUUCUGUACUCUAUUCCCAACAUUCUUGCAGCAUUUGUUACUCAUGUAUAUCAAUUGGCAAUUAUAUUCUUUAUUCAAGGCAUUGGCGCAGGUCUAAUGAAUACAAUAUGCAGUGCUAAUUUUAAUGCUUUUUUUGUUAAAAAAAGAGCCAAGAUAAUGGGUGCUGCUCAAGUAAUAAUAGGUAUUGGUGGCAUUGUUUAUCCAUUACUUGUUGAAAAAAUGAUGUCUGCUUAUGGAUUUCGAGGAACUGCUGCAUUAAUUGGUGCAAUGAGUUUGAACAGCAUUGUAGGAAUGAUGAUGAUGCAUCCAGUGGAGUGGCACAUCAGAGAUCCAAAUGAAGUCUUGAAGGAAAAACGAAAACAAAAUGUGAAAAAAGAAUUGCAAGAUUUAUCAUCUAAACUAUCUUACAAUCCAACAUCACUUAUGAAUUCGUCUGAUCGUCGUUCAACGAUACAUGUAAUGCGUAAUUUCACUGAACUAAAUCGAUGGGAUAGUCUUGGAAGCUUGAAAAAUAAUCUGCCCCAUCAUAAAUCAUUACGAAUGAUUGAUUCUCAAGAAAAUGAAUCUAAUAAUACUCAUGUUGAGUCAAUUGAUCGUCCAAGAUCGAAAUCAAUGCGAAUACCUUUGUGUGAAAGUUUAUCAGUAGCAUCAGUGUCAUCAAUAGCAUCAGGAUCUAGUAUUAGAAAUAUUACUGGUGCUUUAAUCAAUUCUCAACGUCAAGUAGAAUUAAUAUUAAAAGCUACAGCUAAUGAGUCAAAGAAGACGGAAUCUUCAGAGCUAAUUCAAAACAGACAGAUCAGAAUAGUUAGACAAAAAUCAAUAAGUCAAAAUGAUGAACAAACCUUUUCUGAAAUGAUAGAGAAUUUAUUUGAACUUUCGUUAUUGAAAGAUCGUACUUUCAUGAUAAUGAGUGUAGGAAUAAGUUUUGUGUUUUUAAGUGAUUUUACAUUCUCGUCAUUACUACCACUAGCGAUGCUCCAAUCAGGAUAUAAAAAUAGCGAUGCUGCCAUGACAAUUACAGUUUCUGCAGCUGCUGAAUUAGCAUCGAGAAUAUUAUUUUUAAUUUUAACAUUAUUUAUAGAUGUUCGAGCUAAAGUUAUCUUUUUCUUUGCAAUGAUUGUUUUGGGAUUUGCUAAAUUCGCUUUUUUCAGCUUUGGAACGAAUUUGAUUGGAAUUUUAGUAUGUACUGCACUGAUUGGUAUGGUUCGGUCAUUCAUUCUGGUAUCACAACCUUUGGUAGUGGUUGAAAAUUUUCCAGUAGAAAAGUAUGCUGUUUGUUAUGGAAUAUUCACUCUUGUUAAUGGAGUUGUGAUGGUCAUUCUCGGUCCAUUAGUAGGAUUUAUCAAAGAUAUUACAAAUAGUUUUGAUAUAUGUCAGCUUGUUUUAAUUGCAAUUAAUUGUGCAUUCAUUAUUCCUUGGGCAAUAGAACUUCUCAUGGAUUAUCGAAAGUCAAAAAAAGAAAGAAAGAUUAAUGCUCUACUGUAAUAUGAAGAUGAUAUUAUUUUUAUCAAUAUUGUUAUUGUGAUUAUUGUUGCAUAAAAAUAAAAUUUUUUACAAACUUUA